AUGAACAAAAUUCCUCUUGAAAUCUGCGAGAGGAUGUUCUCUUUCGCGUGUACCGACGAUGGUACUACAGGCUGCUCCUUGUCUCUGGUCUCUAGAUACGUGCGCGAUGCCUCGCGUCGCGUACGCCUGCAGUCAGUCGCUCUACAAACCUACCAACAAAUGCAAAAAUUCUGCGUCAUGGUCGAGAACCUUCCUCCUCGUCAUCGGCGGGUUCAUCAUCUCCUGCUCACCGGACCC